GGAGAAGGGAGGCAAGGGCACAAAAGUAAAAGGAAGGUGAGAGGAUCCAGAUAAGACAUAUAAGAAAGGAAGAAGAGGGGAGGGCAAAGAUGAUGGAAAAGACAGAAAGGAAGGGACUGGUGGUGGUGUUUGCGGUGGGAAUGAGGGCUAAUGAGUAUGAGCUUGGCUCAGUUUACCUGUCAGCCUCUCAGUGUGCUAAAAGUGCCAUAAAGAAGCUCAGAGCUGAAGUGAACAUGGCAGAAGAAGAAGACUAUAUGUCUGAUUCCUUCAUUAAUGUGAAAGAAGACAUCAGACCUGGAUUGCCCAUGUUGAGGCGAAUCAGAGAGGCUCAUCAAAAAGAAGAAAAGCAUCGGGAAGCAAAUCUAAAAAAUAGACAAAAGAGUUUAAAAGAAGAGGAAAAAGAAAGACGUGAUAAUGUUUUGAAGAGUGCUUUGGGCAGUGAAAACAAGGGAUUUGCUUUGCUCCAAAAGAUGGGGUAUAAAAGUGGACAGGCUCUUGGCAAGAGUGGCAGUGGCAUUGUUGAACCUAUUCCUCUGAAUAUCAAAACAGGAAGGAGUGGCAUUGGUCAUGAGACAUUAAUAAAACGGAAAGCAGAGGAAGAACUGGAAAAUUACCGAAAAAAAGUUCUUUUGAGAAACCAAACUGAAGAAAAAGCUGCAGAUCAGUUUCGAUUGAGACUCAAAAGUAAAAAAGAAGAACUUAAGUUAGAAGGUGAUCUUAAAAGAAGUCAGAGAGCCUGCCAUCAGUUAGACACACAGAAGGAUAUUCAAGUUCCCAAGGAACCAUGGUACUGGUUCAUGCCAGAAAAAGAAGAACAGGAAGAGAAAGAAGAGAAAGGAGAGAAAGAACAGGAAGAAGAUGAAUAUAGUGGUGAAGAAUUAAGUGUAUUGGAAAAAUUACAAAUUCUGACAAGAUAUUUAAGAGAAGAACAUCGGUAUUGUAUUUGGUGUGGAACAACCUAUGAAGAUGAAGAAGAUUUAUCUUUGAACUGCCCUGGACCAACUUCUGCAGAUCAUGACUAAAAAUUUUCCUAUUAAAAGGGAACCUAGAAAAUGUCAAUAUUUCCUUAAUAUUUUGUAUGGUUGAACAUUUAAAUUUCACAUAUUUAUUGACCAGGGCAAUUAAGAACACCAGACCAUGAAGUUUUAUUUUUUUUCCAUUAACUAGGAUAAUGGACUCAUUCAUCAAUAUGUAAGAAUUCUCCAGGAAGACAAGUACACCUCCUAUUUUUCUCCAUAAAUCCUUCACUAUCAAAACAGGCAAAUAGGAAGAUUCUUAAUACUUGCUAAUAUCUGAAAAUCCCUGCCUGGUGUUCUGUGGAUCUUGGCUAGUGUUUUAGCAUGUCCAGAAUCACCUUUUGUAAAAAGAGCCAUCUAUCUGUUGUAUAAUUCUGAUGGUAUAGAGUUUCUUCCUCAGAACCAGAAAAAAAAUGGAUAAAAAUUGCAAAGAGGAAAGUAGAAAAUUGAAAUUAGGAAAAGAAAAUUCUAAAUAUAUAAAGUUGUCCAAAAGUGUAAUGGGUUAUUUCAGGAGAUAUUGUGUUCACUCUCAUUAGAGGUCUUCAAGUCAAGCUGGAUAACCCCUUGUCAGGAAUGUUAAGUCAUGCCUUGGGGCUUUGUACUAAGUGGCUGCAGAGGUCCCUUCCAACUCUGAAAUAUUGCCAUUCUGCUCUGUGUUGCAUACUUCUAUCCACCCAAGUCUUAAUAUUGAUUUCUUUGUACUGUCUUUGAAAUUAUUUUCUUUGUGGCCUUCAUACUGGAUUUUUUCUUCCAUUCUGCUUAUGAAUACUUCAUCUUCUCUAAUAUCUGGAACCUCAGCACCAUGAAGGCAAUUCUCCCAGUUUAGAGUUCUGAACUAGGGGCCUUGCAAAGUGGGGCCGUAUAAUAAUGGAAAUUUGGGUAUAUAAGGGCCGACAAGGCUUAUGUCAUUCAAUAGUACCAGGGGAAGCAGGAGCAAAAUUGUCAAUACGAGGAGCCACAGAAUCAGAAAUGCCGGAUAUAAACCAUUCUCCUUAGGAAAGAAGGCAUGGUUCUAAUCUAGGAAACAGAAGCUAGCAAACAAUGUUUGAAGGAUUUAGUUUUAACCUAAAUCUGGGAGAAGAAAUACUUUAACAAUAGGAAGAUAGUUGAAGGAGGAUCAAAAGAAAUUUCUGGGUUAAUUGACCUUAGACAUUGUGAUUCUGUCACUGGCUGCAGAUACUGUUUUUGUUUUAUUAGCUGCAUCUGAAGGUGCUACUUUAGUUCCCCACUUGGCUUGAUAAUCUUGUUGUUAGACCAGCUUGUAAUUGAAACAGACGUAACUAAUGAAAGCCUCAAGCAGGAAUACAAAUAGAUCACCUACCCUCCAAGUCAAUCCAAAGUUUCCUUGUCCAAAUUGCCUGAUAUAAGAGAACUCUCAGUCAGGUUUCUCCACUACCACUCAAAAAGACUUCUGAGGAAAUUGUUUUUAAGCUUUUUUAGGUAAAUUCAUCCUCUUCCUCCCCACUCUUUACUUCUAACUUGAAUUUUAACAGCACUUAGCAAAAGUGUCCUAUAAGAUACAAAUCUUCUGUAUCAGAGAAGAUAAAGUUGAUAUGUCACAUUUUUAAACCGUUCAUGUUUUCUUGAAUAUAAAUAUACAUAAAGAAAUUUUUAAAUUUUA